AUGUGGACUCUAUCCAUUCCUGAGCAUCUGCUAGAAGCCACCAUGUGCAAGUCCUUCGGGGCCACCCUAUCUGGACCCGCUUUACAAUGGCUGAUAAGUCUUAAGCCAGGUAGCAUUCAAAAUUUUGCUGCUUUAAUUAACAAGUUUUAUAUGCAGUUUGCAAGCAGCAGAAUCCUAGAGAAGCACACCGGCGACUUGUACCGCAUCACCCAGAAAGCCAAUGAAGCUGUGAGGCAGUACCUAGAUCGAUUCAACAAGGAAAUGAUCUCCGUCAAGAACCUGGAUGUUCCCACAGCUAUCGAAGCAUUCAGGAGAGGACUAACCUAUAAAUCUAGAUUGUAUUAUGAAUUGACCAGGUACCCAUGUGGCACAUUCGAAGAGGUCAGGGCCAGAGCUAUGGCUGAGAUACGUGUCGAGGAGGACGAGGCGUCCAGGUACGUAAGCGAGCCUAGCUAUGAUCGGAAAUCCCAGAACCAGAGGAAGACUGAUUGGCGCCAUCAGCCAUAUCAGAAGCGCGAAAGUAAUAACGUAGCCAGCAAAGCCACAGGUAAAUCGUCUGACAAUGAUUAUCCUUCCAUUGCUUCCUACUGUUUUAACGUGGAUGCAGGGGGCGUAGUAAACGCAUUAGAAAAGCUGGGAACCACAAUUAGGUGGCCUCGCAAAAACGACAGACCAGACAGCGAGAAGGAUACCACCAAGUGGUGCAGCUACCAUGGCGACCAUGGCCAUCGAACAGAAGAAUGCAAUGCUCUCAAAAAGGAAGUGGCAUGGCUACUCAAGAAGGGCUAUCUCGAGCACUUGAUGGGGAAGAAGGGGCAGCAAGAAGAUAAAGCUGGCCCCAGCCAGCAACAGCCUUGUCCGCCACCUGAGCCCCUGCACGAUAAGGUAAUCAACUCUAUCUCUGGAGGUUCAGAAAUAUGUGGACUAACAUACUCUGCAGCCAAGAGGAAGCUGAUAUCCUCAGGAAAGCAACCGUUCUGUUCGGGUUCAAUGGCGAGCCAGCUACAACGCUCGGAGAAAUCGUAUUGCCCACCUAUGCAAAAGGAGUCAACCUCCAAACCAGGUUCAAUGUGGUAG